ACUCUCUCUCUCUGAGAGUGAGACUCGCUCAGUCUUUUUUUUUCUUUCUCUUUUCUAUUUUUGCUUUCACGAAUCCUAAAAUCACACUUUUCUUUUUCUCUUUUUAACAUUCACAGAUUUACACAAAUCCUUUUCUUCUUCUUCUCCUCCUCCGUAUUCUCACUCUCUUAAACUCCAAACCAAAAAACUUUCAUUUUCUUUCUAUAUCUUAAGUCACUCUCUGAACUUCAUUAAUGAAGUGAGUAGAGAGAGCUUGUGAAGAAGAUGUUCUUUUCCCCUUUUCAUUUCCAUUCUUCUCCUUGCUUUUACAACUAAAUUUAAUUAAUUAUCUCCAUUCUUAUUUCUGAUCUGAAAAAGAAAAAGUACACAAUUUCAGAUCUCUCUUUUUUUUAUUGUUUUGGUUUAGAAAAUGUGAGAGAGAAAGAGAAAAAUUAGAGAUAAGUUAUGAUGGCUGGUAAUGGAGGAGUAAGUAGUGUAAGAAAUGGUGGAGCUUCGAUUAGUGCUGCAACUACUGAUAUCGGUUCUCCAACUAGGUUUCAUCAUCACCAUGAACGGCGAAGGAGAUGGGGAGGCUGCUGGGGUGGAUUAUCAUGUUUCGGAUCGCAGAAAGGUGGGAAACGAAUUGUACCUGCAACUCGUAUUCCAGAGGGGAAUACAUCAGGAAACCGUGCAAAUGGGCCUGCACUUGGCGGCUCUCACCAAACCACAACAAUAUCACCAUCUCUUCUAGCUCCACCAUCUUCCCCAGCAUCUUUUACAAACUCUGCCCUACCUUCUACUGCUCAAUCACCAAGCUGUUUCUUGUCAUUGUCUGCCAAUUCUCCUGGAGGUCCUUCUUCUAGCAUGUAUGCUACAGGGCCUUAUGCCAAUGAAACUCAACUGGUCUCUCCUCCCGUUUUUUCAACUUAUACAACUGAACCAUCUACUGCUCCUUUCACUCCUCCACCAGAAUUGAAUCACCUUACGACUCCCUCAUCUCCAGAUGUACCUUACGCGCAGUUUCUUUCAUCUUCAAUGGAUCUUAAAAGUGGUGGCAAAUCUGGUUAUGUUAGUGCUAAUGACCUUCAAGCAACAUAUCCGCUUUAUCCUGAAAGUCCAGCGAGCAGUCUCAUUUCACCAAUUUCAAGAACUCCUGGUGAUGGAGGACGAUCCCCUUCAUCAUUUCCUGAUCGAUGGGGUACUUCAAUCUCUGUCCAAGAUUCUCAAUAUCCUCGAAGCCCAUCAUCUAGGUUAUUUGGGCUUGAUACACCCGCGUCGAAAAAUUUCAUGCUCUCCCAAGAUGCUGGUUUCUUCUGCCCUGCGACUUCUGCACAAUUCUAUCUGGAUCAAGCUCAGCAGUCAUAUCAUUCGUAUCCUCAUAAUGGAGGGCGUUUAAGCAUUUCCAGAGAAGCUGAUGUUCACAUGAGUAAUGGAAAGCACAAUAAAAAGGCAGAUGUUGAAGAAGUUGAAGCAUACCGAGCAUCCUUCGGAUUUAGUGCCGAUGAAAUUAUCACAACUCCGCAUUAUGUAGAAAUUUCAGAUGAUGUUUUAGAUGAAAAUUUUACCAUAGCCCCUUUUGCAUCUAGUAAUUUGAACUUGGAAGAAUCGAUACCUGAAAUGUAUAAUGGGGAAGAAAACAAGCAAACAACAAAAAUGAAAUUGUUGGAUUUCAGAGGCCCAAAAUCAACAUCAGAUCAGGUGCUGGGUGGUGUUCAUGGCAAAGUGAAGGAGCACUUGCGCAAUGGUUUCAAAGAUCAUAGACCAGAGAAGCAGACAAGUGGGGAAGCUUCAGAGCACAGAAAGCUUGAUGAGAACCACGCUUUGACUGAUGAAGAGGACAUAUUCUCAAUGAUGGGAAGUUCUAAAUCCAACAAGAGAUACCACAGGUUAGGUUCAUCAAGCUCUGACGCAGAAGUUGAUUACAGAAGAGGAAGAAGUUUGAGAGAAGGAAGAGGAGAUUUUGCAUGGAGAGGCUAACAAAAUGAUGACUGAAAAAAGAGGAGGAACUUUUUUGCGUCGUGUCUAGUGUACUGAACCUGCUGAUAGUUAGUUUCUUGGUAGGGAUCUUUUAUAUUUUCCAGAUCUGUUUGGAUGAGAUGAGUGUGGGUGGGUGGUGUUUCUCACUCCUCCAUCGUUUUGUUCUUUCUUAUGUAUUUGGGCUGACAUUCCUUUUCGAUCCCGAUUCUGCUGUUAAUAUUGUGAUGAAUGAAUGCUACUUGUUAUGUCUUAUGAAAUUAUGUUGUAUUUCUGGAGUCUGGACUUGCUAA